CCACGAACUUUUCAAAAGUCGAGUCAGUUGCGUGUGUCGUGCCUCUGGCAGCUGCUGUUGCGUUUUAGUCUUUGAAUCGGGGGAAUUCCGCGCGAAAUAAGCGAGAAGAAGUGUUGGUGUAUUAGGGUGCUGUGUGAUCGAAAAACAAUUACUACUACGAUGACGACUAGACCGGAUAGUUACUAUGACAACUGUGGUAAUCAGCAGGAGGUUGUCAACAACAACGCGUUGUACGGCACCUACGAGAACGACAAGUACGACCACCUGAGGAACGAACUCCUGGGGUACGCGAGAGCGAAGAGUCCCACGCAGACCAUCGCCCUCCUCACCACCGUUCCGCAGAACAUCGCGGCGAAGAGCAUCGCCGGUAGACACGCGCCCACCAGGAAUAGCCUUCGACACAGCAGGAUUGUUGUCAUGCAUAAAACGGGCGCAGAAAUUCCGUUCCAAGGGCAACGAUUAUUGCCCACUAAGCAUCAGCCGCCGGUGAUGAGGUUCCAUAAACUGGCCAAAGGCCUGAUCGGUCUGCAGAACCUGAUAGGAUUGGCCAUCUGCUUCAUCUCCUUCUGGCUUUUCCUCUGGACGCCGAACAUCAAAGUCAGGGAUAAUCCGUUUUGGAGUGGCAUUCCGCUGCUGCUGGCGAGUGCGACCGCAACUGUUCUGCUUUGUUGCUGUCGAAAGGAAUAUCCAGGUAUGAAGAACGGAUCAUCAGUGUACUCUUUAAAGGUUGUGAGUAUAUCAUUAAGUACAAUAGCUGGAACGGCGUGCAUGAUUUCAUCUGCAUUCGCCAUCAUCCACAUCGUCAGCUUAUCGAGAAUGGAUUGCGUGCCGAUGCUCGAACAGAACGAGUCGUGCCUGUGCCACGUGGCAAACGGAACCUCACCGAUUCCCUUCGUCUCCCGAACUUACCAUUACCUCGACCUCCUGUGCAACGAGCUGAACAGCUUCUUCGUGCUGCUGCUGAUCUUCUCUUGCGCCGCGAAUUUCAUCGGAUCCGUUCUCUCCCUCUGGUACGUCUACCUCCACUGGGCAAGCAGAUACACCUACACCUACUCCAAAGUGCACACGGACUCUCUCAAUCCCACGGUCAUCUCCAACACGUAACCUCUAAUUCGUCCUCAUUUCCCUCUUCCUCCUUCAAAUCAUCUCCGAUCAAUCUCUCUGUUUCUCUCCCUACCCCGACUUAAGUAAUACCAAAGUAUAUAUGUGUAUAUUUAGACGUAGCGAACGCACAGUAUUGUUGACUUCUUGUUAAUCUCGAGAGAUGAAAAGAAAUAUUAAUGGAAUUUACUCCGUAUGUGAUUUAAUGUUUAGACGUUUUAGCCAGGGACUGACUAAUAAAAACAUUUUUUUUAUAUUACAA